AUGGCUCGCGGUGAAGCAUCCCAAACUAAGAUCCACUACAAGGGGAAGGACGACGACUUCAUCAUCUUCAUUGACGAUGCAAAGGCUGCGAAGGAAUGGAAGACUGACAAGUCUAUCCCACUUGCACAAGUUGUGAGCGCGUUCAAGAUAUUCGUUACCCAUAAGCAGGGAGCACAAGGAACAUUAGAUGGUGCCUCGCACUCUACUCUCGACAACGAAUUCGGUACCCACGUGGAUGAGGAAGUGAUCAAGCAGAUCAUUGAGAAGGGAACCAUCCAGGAAGGCGAGUUUACUGAACGUCAAGGACCAAAGAACGACAGUAUGGGUAGCCGUGCUGGUCACUAA